CCCCCCCCUCCCUAUCCUCCUCCGUCCUCGCCUAUUCUCCGCGGCCUCCGUCGCCCUCCAGCUCGGUCCGCGUUUACUGAUCCCCCCGAGGUAUGCGGGAACCCGGCGCGUUGGUUGAUUACAGUUGAGGUGGAUCUCCCUUGCUUGUUGAAUUGCGCAUUGGUCCGAUCGGUGGAGGUAAUUCCGGGAUUUACGGCGCCUGGUGCAAGGCUAUAUCGGGGUGAAGAUCACGGGCUGCGCGGGGAGGACUUAAUCAAGCCAUCCCGCAGCUCGAGCAAGCGCCCGCCGCACGACCUCUGUAGCUAGUUCGGGACCCCGUCCGCCCGUCGCAAACCAUGGCGUGGGACCAUUUGGACAUCGAUAAGCCACAUCUGGCUUACAUGAUUCUAGGUGGCUUCACCAGUCUGUUCAUGCUGUGCUCUUUGUUUGUGAAGGAGAAGCUGUACAUCGGUGAAGCCACCGUGGCUACCCUUUGCGGUAUCAUUUUCGGGCCUCAUGCGGCCAACCUGUUUAAUCCCAACUCGUGGGGCAAUGUCGACAAGAUCACCCUCGAGUGCUCUCGCAUCGUCCUGGUCGUCCAGUGUUUCGCCGUCGGUGUCGAAUUGCCCAAGGCGUACAUGGAACGUCACUGGAAAUCUGUCUUUCUGCUGCUGGUACCCGUCAUGACCUGGGGCUGGCUGGUGACUAGUCUGUUCAUCUGGUGGAUGGUGCCUCCCCUCUCCUGGCUGGAGAGUCUCGUGUGCGCCGCGUGCGUCACCGCCACCGAUCCCGUCUUGGCCUCGUCCGUCGUAGGUAAGGGUAAAUUCGCGCGACGAGUUCCCAAGCACUUGAGAGACUUGUUGUCGGCCGAGUCGGGCUGCAACGAUGGCAUGGCCUUCCCCUUCAUUUACCUGGGCUUCUACAUCUGGCGCUACCGCCCUAAUGCCGGGGAGGUGUCGCUCAACUGGUUCUGCAUCACCAUCCUCUACGAGUGCGUGUUCGGCGCAAUCUUUGGCUUCGUAAUUGGCUACCUCGCGCGUCAUUCCAUCAAAUUCGCCGAGCGCAAGGGCUUGAUUGAUCGUGAGAGUUUCCUGGUCUUCUACUUCGUGCUGGCCGUCUUUUGCGCCGGCUCAGGCAGUCUGCUGGGCAUGGACGAUCUUCUGAUAGGCUUCUCGGCGGGCGUCGGUUUCAGUAACGACGGUUGGUUUACGGAGAAAACAGAAGAGUCGCACGUGUCCAACGUCAUCGAUCUCCUGCUCAACUUGGCCUACUUUGUCUACUUCGGAGCCAUCAUCCCUUGGGAGGACUAUAACAACCCGGAUAUUGGGCUCGUGCCGUGGCGACUCGUAGUCAUCGCUCUCCUCGUCAUUUUCUUCCGCCGCAUCCCUGUCAUGUUGAUGUUGAAACCUAUCAUCCCGGACGUGAAAACGUGGCGCGAGGCCCUCUUCGCCGGCCACUUCGGCCCCAUUGGUGUCGGAGCCAUCUUCGCUUCCAUCCUGGCUCGGGCGGAGCUAGAAUCGGACAGCACGGAGCCCUGGUCGGAGGCUGAUUUGCCAGGUCCGGGAAGUUCUAAUUACUAUAUCAUACAGUUGAUCUGGCCCGUCACGACCUUCAUGGUCAUCUCCUCGAUCUUGGUCCAUGGUUCAUCCAUUGCCGUCUUCACCCUAGGAAAGCGCAUCAACACCUUGACCAUCACGCUCUCCUACACCACCGCCAACGAGGAGGGUCCUUCAUGGAUGAACCGUUUGCCCCGCGUGCAAUCCCUUGCCAAAGGAUCCAUGUCGUUCCGGAAACCGGAUGAGGACGAAUCGUCGAAUGAGCCGGAAUAUCCCCCGGGAACCCUGCCCCCCAUUGGAGUCCCAGGUAAUUUUCUGCGUCGGGUUCGCGACGAAGAUACGGAGUCGACGGGUGGUAAAUCUGCGCGGAGACGCCGCAGACGUCGCAGACGCACCGACGGCGCCGGUGGCCCGAUCAGUCAGUCAGCUAUCGCCCCUCAACGCCCGCUGGAGACGGAGUCGGAUGAGCAAAAGGAAAAGAGUGAUGAAUCCAGGGAACGCGACAAGAUCGAACGCGAGGCGUCCCCGCCCUCCAAGGAAGGCGAUAAGUUUGGACGCGAGCCUGCACUCGAAGUUUAUCUGGAAGGUCACAACAUGGUCAUGGAAGAUGAAGAAGGCAACGUUCUCAAGGUCGAGGACAUCAGUCACAUGUCCACCGAGGAGCAGCAGCGUCAUAUGGAAGAACAACGCCAGAAGCUGCAGCAACAAUCGGAUGAAUACGCUAAAUCCCGCGGCCAGCCUCAUGGCAGCAGGACUGAAGGAGAGGAGAUUGAGCAGGCCAUUGGCGAAAAGACCGGGCACCCGCUGGACAAGGCUCGUAAACGUUUUGGCCAGUGGAUUGGCCUUGGGAAAGGUCGUGCCGAAGACCAAGAGGCCAAGGAGGCCAGAAAGACUGAGGAAAAGAAGAAGGCUGAAGAAGCAUCGAAGAAGCCUGCCAAGGCGAAAGGUCGCUCCGCUCACGCCUAUCAAUUCGGCAACACCAUCAUUGUCGAGGACGAAGAUGGAGAAGUUAUCAAGAAGUAUUCCAUUCCUUCUGGGGAUAAACCCGAGACGGAUGCUCCUGUUCGUCGCGGACUGACAAGGAUGGGUACAUGGUUCGGUAUGGAAGAGGAAGGCGAAACCUCGCAGGCCGCCCGCAAGGCUGCGCAAGACGACUGGCUGGCGGAUGAUGGUCUGCGUUUCACCCUGGCUGAUGACAAUGAUGUUGGCAAGAGAGGCGUCGAGCACAAGGGUCGCCGCAUGACCAAACAUGAAUUUGCCCAACAGAUUCGUAACCUUGGUCCAAAAGCACGUCGUGAUGUGGUUGAAGAGACCGACGCUCCCGAGCGGGUCAAGAAGGCGGCUCGCCAGGAGGCUCAGAAGGCUGAGAAGGCUGAAUCGCAAGAGCGCCGCCGUUCAGACCCUGGAGUGGCCUCUCGGCCUACCCCUGCCCCUGCCCCCGUCGCCGAAGAUGACGAAUCCGGCACCGGAAGCGAAUUCACGGACGACGAAUCGGACGUGGAAGUGCCCGGCGACAUUGCCGCUUCGUUGGCACGGUUCACACGUGGCACAGCAGCUGAGGAGCGUCGCAGUUCCCACCUCAGUCCAACAUCCACGUCUCCGAGAUCGCGUCCCCGGUCACGACGGGAUUCCGAUGAUGAUGGCACGGAACGUAUUCCCCCUGCUCAACUUCGCGAAGCGGCCGGACUCACCCGUCCUCCCCAGCAAGCGGAUUUGGAUGACACGGGUGAAACGCCAGCGGAACGCCGCCGUCGUCUGGCUGCGCUUGGUGAAAUCAAUGACUCGGAGGAUUCCGACGAUCCGGAUGUUCUUCUAGAAGAAACGGAUGAUGAGGGCAAUGAUGCAGAGGCGAAGGUCUCCUUUGCCGACGGCACGAAGCCUCCAACCAGCAGACAACAGUCGGGCGAGAACUCCAGUGAGGGACAAGAGAAUAGUUCUCCUUACAACCGACACAGUCGCAGUCAAAGUCGACGGAGCAUCUCCUGGGGCGGCGAGAAGGGCCGUGAAAAUUGAGACAAUCCCACGAAAAAUGCAGCAAACAUAGAGUGAGGGAUAAUGUGAACUUCGGGCAGUGAAGCUGAAAGGGAAAUUCUCUCAAAGGGGGUAAUAUAAGAGCCCAAGGAG